UAUCACCCAUUGCUUACCACAGGCCCUCGUGUGCCAGAGUUUAUUGUUUAGACCCUCCUGCUGGAUUAUGUUUUAAAACUGUCAGUGGUACAAUCCUAGGGCAACCUUUUAAUGCCAUUAAGUCUGCUGGUUUGGUCAAUCAGACACACUCUCUCAGAAGAAUCAAAGACACUCAAACAAGAUGAGAAUCCUUGAAACUGGACCCGACCCUUCAGACACAUAUCGUCCGGAGCAGCAAAUUACCGGCGAUGCAGAGAAGAAAAGUGGUUUCAGGAAUUUUGAGAGUGGGGAUCUCAUUGAACGAGUUUACAACACUUACAAACUGAUGCACACCAAUCAGACUCUGGAGUUUGUGAAACGAAAGCAUGCAGAGUGGUCAAACUGCAGUCAUGCCCACAUGACUGUGAUGGAAAGCCUGGACUGUCUUGAUCAGCUGGUGGAUCAUUCAGACCCUGACGUGGAUUUUCCAAACUCUUUCCAUGCUUACCAAACAGCAGAGGGGAUCCGCAAAGCACACCCAGACAAAGGCUGGUUCCAGCUAGUUGGUCUCAUUCAUGACAUUGGGAAGAUUAUGGCUCUCUGGGGGCAGCCACAGUGGUCAGUGGUUGGUGAUACUUACCCUGUUGGCUGCAAGUUCCAGAAAUCCAUUGUCUUUAGGGACACAAGCUUCAAUGACAAUACAGAUGACAAAGACCCACGUUAUAAUACUCAGAAUGGUGUAUACAAACCAAACUGUGGCCUGGAGAAUGUACUGAUGUCCUGGGGACAUGACGAAUACAUGUACAGAGUGAUGACGUUUAACAAAUGUUCCAUCCCUGAAGAGGGCUUGUAUAUGAUCAGAUACCAUUCCUUCUAUCCUUGGCACACUCACAAAGAGUACAUGCACCUCUGCAAUGAAAAGGAUCUGAAGAUGUUACAAUGGGUGCAAGAAUUCAACCAAUUCGAUCUUUAUACUAAGAGUACGGACCUGCCAGAUGUGGAGAAGAUCAAGCCAUACUAUCAGUCUCUCAUUGACAAGUACUGUCCUGGGAAACUGUACUGGUGAAAAGAUGCCUGGAUUCAAAGCAAGCUGAUGAAGAUACUGGAGUGGGCAAACUGGAAUCAAGAUAUUUCAGGGAAAGGCCGAGCCAAGAUGCUUUAAACCCUCAAAUUCCAAUACUACUUGUUUGCAGCAUGCUUGAGUUUGAGAAAUAAUCCACGAUAGAAUUAUUACUGAUGCAUUUGUAAUAAUUACAGAACAGAAAGUUGAUUUAAUUACAGAAUAGAAGGUAGUUUUUGAGAACAUGGAGGACAGAGGAAACAUUCCAGCAAAAGAAAUGUGAAAAUUACUGAUUUUCCUGAAGUGCUAGUUCUGGGUUGAAGAAAAUAGCCAAUAGUUAUGCAAAAUAAUAAUAAUAAAUUCUUCCCAACAGUAAAAUUAAAAAUAGAAGACAAAAGCUGUAUGUUUUACAGUAGAAGUUUUAUUAGAAAUACAUGGCUUUAAAAUGUUGUUUUUUCAGUUCCUUGGUUCUGCUGUUUACAUAUGUGCACAAUGUGGAGGGCACACACAUAUGCAAAUGUUCUCAUAAACUGGUAUGCAUAGGGCUUUGACUGCAGCUCAGAUUGAAUUUCUUUGAAGCUGGUAAUAAGACAUAUUCUGAACCCUGCAAUUAUUAUUUAAAUACAGCCUUACAGGUCCAUAAACUUCAUAUACACACAAUGUGACCUCCAAAAUAAAUGCACACAGUUGGUAGUGGUUAUACAAUUUUUUCCCCCUUUGUAACAGUGUUCUCUGAAUUAUUUGCCCGAGGCCAAUAAGACUUUAAAGACAAUGCAAACUAUUACAGCACCCAAGAGUCCUUUCACUAAGCAUUAAAAGGACAGCUACUGCACAAAUUCCAUUUGAAUAAACCCCUCUACCCCCCUUUACUUGGUAAUGAUGCUGGCAAUUAUGUGGUGAUAAUAUUGAGAAUUUUCUAUAUUGUGUAACUUGCUGUUAUCUAAUUCAUAUAUAUUUAAUGGCAUUUGUAGCUACUGUAUAUGUAACUGAAUAAAAGUUAUGACAAAACCAA